GGCACCGCCACCGCCAUGAGGCCGCCGCGCGUUGCCUGGCAACCCCGGCAAACACCGCGCGGCGGCGGCGGAAGGCCGCGAGCCAAGGAGGCCGUUGAGCGGCCGCCGUCGCCCGGCCUUUGCUUUGCCCUGCUGGGCGCUCUGCCCCGUCCCCUCAGGAUGGUCCUCCGCCCCUCCCUCCGCCUGCCCAGCAACAUGGAAGAAUCAGAAAUAGUUUCUGAAGCUGAAUCUUCUGAGGAAGAGCUGAUUCACCUGAAUGUCGGAGGCUGGUGCUUCUCAGUCCCCAAAAGCAAAAUCGCCCAGUUUCCAGACUCUCUGAUCUGGAAAGAGGUUUCGGCUUUGACUCAGAAUGAAAACGUGCGCCUGUUCAUUGACAGAGAUGGUUACACCUUCAGGCAUGUCCACUAUUACCUGCACACCUCCAAGCUGUCCUUCUCCAGCUGUGCUGAACUGAAUUUGCUGUAUGAGCAGGCCAUGCUUUUGCAGCUGACCCCACUAUUGCAGACCUUAGACAAUUUGAAGGAAGGAAAACAUAAUUUACGUGUCCGUCCUGCGGAUAUACCAAUAGCUGAAAGAGCAUCUAUGAAUUACUGGAGAACACGAAAAUGUAUCAGCAAGCCUUCAGAAUUUCCUCUUAAAAGUCCAGCAUUUACUGGAUUACAUGAGAAAGUCCCCCUAGGACUAAUGGACACUCCGUUGCUAGAUACUGAAGAAGAAGUGCAUUACUGCUUUGUGCCACUAGACAUGGUUGAAAAAUAUCCUUCCUUGGUCAAUGAUGACAACUUGCUGUGGCUGUCUGACAAUGCUGUGCUGAUAGAAUGUGAAAGCAGCGAGUUUCGCUUCAUAGCUAAUUUUCUUCGCUCAGAGAAGAUGCUUUUGCCCGACAACUUCUCCAACAUGGAUGCUCUGGAGGCUGAGGCUGAGGCACUGGGGAUCCCCGAAGUCACAGAAGCAGUGAAGACCUACAGGACGAACCCUGGAAUCUACUCAGAGGGAACAGCUGACCUUCAAGGCAAUGUGAAAAGCACCAUGAAGAAGCCGCAAGCUGUUCAGGAAGCAGCAAGUCUCCCUUUGUUCCCAAUGGCGCUUGGUCUCUUGGUCAAAUAUCCUGACUCUGCUCUGGGGCAGCUUCACAUGGAGAGUACCCUGGAUGGGAACAAGCUCUAUAUAUCCGGGAACGGAGUUCUCUUUCAACAUGUAAUGAAUUGGUUAGGCACUUGCAGACUCCCACUUAUACGGAAGAUGUCUGAGCUUCCUGAACUCUGUGCCUAUUUGGAUCAAAUGGAUAUCAUAUAUGAGCCAAUGAAGGAUGCCUUGAAAACUUUUCUAAAACAAAAGGCACCUUUAGAAACUGUGGGAAAAGGCUGGGCAGCAGGACUAACAGUCUUUUCACUCCAUCAUAUUGUCAAAGUGUAUGUAGGAAGUCACUGGUACGCAACUUACUUGCAAACAUUACUGAAGUUUCCAGAGCUGCUGUCAAAUAGCAAAAAGGUGUAUUGGAUUACUUACGGUCAGGCUCUCCUCAUCCACGGAGAUGGACAAAUUUUUCGACACAUCCUCAACUUCCUUAGAUUUGGCAAACUCUUCUUGCCUUCUGAAUUUAAAGAAUGGUCUCUGCUGUGCCAGGAAGUGGCUGCGUAUCAGAUCCCUUCUCUUGUCGAGGCUCUUCAUCAAUAUGACACAUACAGGUUAUGGGUGCAACAACAGGAAGCUCAAAGAGCAGCUUUUCCAUUUAGAAGUCUUGAGAUUGCAGUGCCAGAGAAAGAACAAGAGUCUGGUGAAGAGCCUCAAAAUCACUCCUAUAUUGCUGUGGAUUUAGAUCAAUGUGCCAAUAGCUGGAAUAUAUCUAGAAAUACACAAGACCUGGAAGAAAGAGACAGAGUGAAUGAAAAGUCCCCCCACAUUUCCCCAACCAAGGGAUCAAAGCGAAGAAAUAACUGGGAUGGAUAUAGCCAGUCCACAGAUGGGUGGGACAGUUCCUGCUGUUUCAGACAGCCUGAAAGGAAAAGAGGAGCAAAAGGCAAUUUAAGCAAAAAACCGGAAAACAGAGACACUCCCAUCCAGAAGCUCAUUUCCCUAGUGCAGGGAUGGGAUAUGGCGAACUAUCGGUGCAGUGAAGCCCAGCAGGUGGGAACAUCCAAUGGUGUCAAAGUGGCUGAAGAGCCUGAAAGGAGAGUACCUUGUAAUUUCCCACCAGCCACUUGCUUUGGGGUCACCAGUCCUGAGCUCACAAGUAAUGGGCAGCUGCCGAAAGCUGGGCAGUGCCUGCUGGGCAUCCCGGCUUCUGAGGCGUGGCUUGUCAAGAUUGGAAGACAAAGCAUUUCUGAGGAGGUUUCUUCAGUGGCUGAAAAUGUUGCAGCCAAGGAAUUGAGUGGCCAGAAAGAGAGAGAGAAAGGGACACUCCCUGAACAAAGCAGCAGUGCUAUCAUGGAUGAGCCCCAUGGGGACACUGGCUUGAUUCUUAAAGUGGAGCAUCCUCCGAUUGUGGCUUGUGAUGGUUCCUGCUCAUCUCAUGAAAGCAGCAUUCUCUACAGCACACACCUGGAGGACAUGAAAGUAGCCAGUGGCCUAGCACACCCCAUGGCCAAAGAUAUUGUCUUUCUGAGCUUUCCAUUGUCACAAGAGGAGAUUUUUUAUGCCCGAAAGUGCCACUGCUUUCUCACCGAUGUCAUCUUGGAUUCCAUAAGGCAGAAGGACCCCAAGAAAAUGACUGCCAAAGUCGAGCUGCUUGUGCAGAGGCUGUGGAGCCUAGAGAUCACAGCUAAGGAGUUUGUGGCUGACUUGCUGAAUGUGGCGCCCUUUAAAGCAGAUAGUCAUGCUUGUGAGAAGUUGCUGAAAUGGAUUGAAUUUACUCUGCCAUUUGCCUGGAAGUACAGUUGCUGCAUUGACCUGCUGAUAAAAAAAGGUUACUUUCAAUCACUCUCUCAUUUUGUCAUAGGGAAAUAUUUACAGAAACCUUAAUAAAACUGAAAUCCUUUGUUUCCACCGUCCAGAUAAAUCGGCUGCUCCCUUCAUGUGUAUCUAUUUAACAGGCAACAGGAGCCAUGUAGAAACUUAGUGGGGUGUAUUAAAGUGGCACACAGGGAGAAGUGCUAAAUUCUCUGCCCACAGAGCAGGGGCCUUCAUUUGCCUGCGCUGCUGUCUGAAGUGAUACAGUUCUGAAUUCUGCUACCUUAGUGAGUUGCUCUGUGUAAUGUGUGAAAGGGGCCCAAAAGAGACAGCGUAUAAGUUCUCCCCUCCUACUUGCAGCAGGAUGUAGGGCAGACAGCAUCCCUCUAGCAAGCCCCCAAGUCCCAUAUUUCCUCAAUAAGGGGCAACUUGCUCUCUUGCCUGAGUGAGCCUGCUGCUGCAAAGAGGCCACCUGCACCCCUCUGGCUUCUCCUGCUUCAUGGGAGCCUUCCAAGGCACAGGUAGGGCCUCAUGGUGGAGUCUCUUUCAACAUCCCUGCUCUGGCCUGUCCCCUUGAUGGUCUUACAGGGCAGAGCUGCAGCACACUUGGCCUGAUGUCACAACUGGCCACCUGUUUGGGUGUCUUUCUAGCUGGACUGAUUACGACACAUACACACUUUUCACACAAGGGCUUUACUCUGGAAUUUCCUUUUCACUUUUAUAGGCAAUACACAUGGUAUUGUAAUGAAUUUGCUGGCUUGCUGUGUUCAGUGUCUAUAUUUAUUUCAUUAAUGGAUCACUCCUGAAAUGAUUGAACAAUAAAAACACCACCCAUAAAUACCUAUAUAAGAAAGAAGUUCAGGUCCAAUGCAUGUGCAGACUGGGAUAAAAAUGUUCUCUUGAAAGGCUUGUUGGAAAAGGAAGGGAAAGGAACUUACUCGGAAGUAAGUUCAGCUGAUUGUAAUGGGACUUACUCCCAGUGUGUACGGAAGGGUUGCAGCUGAAGCAUCUUCUCAGAGUGGAUAGGUGUGCCUUUUCUUCUCUCUCUUCCCCACACCCCUUCACAUCAGUCCAACCCAAGCCACCCACUGGCAGAAAUCCUGGCUCCUGCUGCAUAAGCUACUUCCAUAGAUGGUUUUGUAAGGGUAUUAGAGAAUCAACUGAAAGGAACGGUCCAGGCAGGGCUCUGAUAUGUUUUUUUAACACUGCAUUUAUUAUUUGCAGAGUUUAAAUAUGAUAAUAUAAUAAAGAUGAUGUUUCAUAAUAAUUGCACUUUCAGAGAAGCCUCCCUACAGCCAACCUGUGAUACCUAUUUUUGCUGCUGCCCAGUCAACCUGGGUUUGAAGUACUGAGGAGCAGGAGCAAGGCAGGGAAGGAUGUUUCAAAAUAUUUUCCUCUCGCUCUCUUUCCCAUUUUGUUUAUGCAAACUUAGGGAGGGGAAAUAGUUUUGCUCAGCCUUUCGUGUGUGUUGAUGAACAGCCAUCAACCUUAUUGGGCUAAAUUAAUUUUUAUAUCACACGUCAGCAGACUCAAAACCACUUAAACUUGAGCAAAGCCACUUCACUUUCCUUUCAGUUCACAUAAAAAAUAAAGAGUUGAGUUUAAAAUGCUGUUCUUCCUCUAUUGUACAGAUGCUUUCAUAAUGUCAAAAUAUCUCUACCCAUAUGG